AUGGCGCGGCCCGUUCCUAACCUUCUUCGUGUAGGUGAGCGUGUCGUUCAGUGUGAGUACGAGGGUGUAGUUAGGUUGUGCCGUAGGUGUAACUUGGCAGGACACCACGCCGCCGCGUGCGACACGCCUCAGUGCGCCCGCUGCGCGCAGUUUGGCCACGCGUCCUGCGACGCGGCGUGCGUACGUUGCGGCGGCGACCAUGCGGUUUCGGCGUGUAGUGUCCGCACCUACUCGUCAGUAACCGCGAGGCCAGAACAGCAGAAACCUGCCGUCGUGGAAGCGGUUACUUCGCCGGUAGCUGAAACGGUUGCUGCCUCAGAAGAAGGAGAGAGCCAGGGCUCCUUGAGCAUGGUCGAUACCGCCGGGAGCGGCGGCGAUUCCGUGAACGCUACCGAGGUCGUUCCCCCCUCCGCCACGGCAACGUGCGAGGGGGCAACGGCCGAGGAGGCUGAAGCGACGGUCGCCUCCGUGGCUGAUGCACCUCUUGCUACGGCGGUCGCUAUCCCUGGCGCGUCCGAACCGCUGACUGGCGCGACUGACACUGCUCGUCGGUCGAACCAUAAGCGUAAGAGCCGGCGCGCACACCGCGCUGGUUCCGCUGCCAGGGAGGCGGCUGCGGGGCGUGAGUCGAGCUCGGACGAAGGUGGCUCCCAAGGCUCGGAGACUGGCGCUCCUGAACUGAAGCGCACAGCUGUUGAAACGUCCGAUUCUGAUACUGAGGUCCCAUCGGACGCGGAGGGUUCUCCUCCUUGUCCCAAUUGCGGAUGGGGACGUUGCGACUGCUCGUUGCUCUCAGACAGAACCUAUGAGUCUACUGAUGAGGGGUCUCCAAUUUCGGAGGCCCUCUCAUAA